CCCAUGCUCUGUCUUCAUCCCUGUCAGCUUUUGCCCAGUGAUUGCUCGCUCACCUUCAAGCUCUCUCACCAUGAACAGACAAGGCUGCAAGAAAUCCUUCGGUGGCGGGAGCCAGGGCUUCUCCGGCCGCUCCGCCGUGGUCUCCGGCAGCAGCAGGAUGAGCUGCGUGGCCCGCUCGGGGGGCGCCGGCGGCGGGGCCUGUGGGGCCCGGGGCGGAGCAGGCGGCUUUGGCAGUCGCAGCCUCUACAGCCUGGGCGGCAGCAAGAGCAUCUCCAUCAGCGUGGCUGGGGGUGCCCGGGCCGGGGGCUUUGGGGGAGGGCGUAGCAGCUGUGGUGGUGGCUUUGGGGGUGGUUAUGGAGGUGGCUUUGGGGGUGGCAGAGGAAUGGGAGGUGGCUUUGGAAUGGCUGGUGGGUUUGGAGGGGCUGGUGGCUUUGGUGGAGUUGGUGGGUUUGGAGCGGCUGGUGGAUUUGGAGGAGCUGGUGGCUUUGGUGGAGCUGGUGGCUUUGGAGGUCCCGGUGGCUUUGGAGGUCCUGGUGGCUUUGGUGGGCCUGGUGGCUUCGGCCCUGGUGGCUUCCCUGGAGGAAUCCAUGAGGUGACUAUCAACCAGAGCCUCCUGCAGCCCCUCAAUGUGGAGAUCGACCCCAAGAUUGGGCAAGUAAAGGCCCAGGAGUGGGAGCAGAUCAAGACCCUCAAUAACAAGUUCGCCUCUUUCAUUGACAAGGUGCGGUUCCUGGAGCAGCAGAACCAGGUCCUGGAGACCAAGUGGGAGCUGCUGCAGAAGCAGACCACGGGCUCCGGCUCGGGCCCCAACAACUUGGAGCCUUUCUUUGAAUCUUACAUCAGCUUCCUGAACAGGCAGCUGGAUUCGGCCGUGGGGGAGAGAGGGAACUUGGAAGGGGAGCUGAAGAGCAUGCAGGACCUUGUGGAGGACUUCAAAAAGAAGUAUGAAGACGAGAUCAACAAACGCACUGCGGCAGAGAAUGAGUUUGUGGGGCUCAAGAAGGAUGUGGAUGCGGCCUACAUGAACAAGGUGGAGCUACAGGCGAAGGUGGACAGUCUGACAGAUGAACUCAACUUCCUGAGGACCCUCUAUGAGAUGGAGCUGUCCCACAUGCAGAGCCACGUCAGUGACACCUCUGUGGUCCUGUCCAUGGACAACAACCGCUGCCUGGACCUGGACAGCAUCAUUGCGGAGGUCCGCGCCCAGUACGAGGAGAUCGCCCAGAGGAGCAAGGCCGAGGCCGAGGCCCUGUACCAGACCAAGCUUGGGGAGCUGCAGACCACGGCCGGCAAGCAUGGGGAUGACCUGAAGAGCACCAAGAGUGAGAUCAUGGAGCUCAACAGGAUGAUCCAGAGGCUGCGGGCCGAGAUUGAGAAUGUCAAGAAGCAGAAUACCAACCUGCAGGCGGCCAUUGCAGAAGCUGAGCAGCGUGGGGAGCUGGCCCUCAAGGAUGCCAAUGGCAAGCUCCAAGAGCUGCAGGCUGCCCUACAGAAGGCCAAAGAUGACCUGGCUCGGAUGCUGCGCGAGUAUCAGGAGUUGAUGAAUGUUAAACUGGCCCUGGAUGUGGAGAUUGCCACCUACCGCAAGCUGCUAGAGGGAGAGGAGUGCAGGAUGUCUGGAGAGUGUCAGAGUGCUGUAUGUAUUUCGGUGGUCAGCAACGUCACAAGCACAAGCAGCAGCUCCGGGGUCAGCCAAGGAGGCUUUGGAGGGGCCGGUGGCAGCAGCAGUGGCGGCUACAGCGGCGUGAGCAGUGGGAGAGCGAGCAGUGGAGGUGUGGGCAGUGGAGGCGUGAGCGGCGGCGUGAGCGGCGGGGUUAAGGGCAGCUACGGAGGGAGCAGCGUUGGCGGCAGUGGGACCAGGGCCAGUGGCUCCGUGAGCCAGAGAGGGGCUGGCUCCAGCUCUGCGGGCAUCCAGACCUCUGGAGGCAGUGGCUACCAGACUGCCAGUGGAGGUGGCGCCAGUACCCGCUUCUCUCAGUCCAUCAGCUCAAGCCAGUACGGCUCCAAGUGAUCCUCCGGAGCCAGAUUUCCGUGCCCACCUGCUUCCCUCCUGGCCUGCAACAGCACUUCCCACUCUCUGCUUGGCAUCAACAAAUGCCAACCUCAACCUCACUUUUCCUCAAGUUCCCUGGAAAAGGGACUGAACUUAUUCCUGGCUCUUCCAUCUCCGAGAUCUCCCCUUGGCUCUGGAGGUCUGGCUGCUAGUCUGGGAUGACGAUGCUCCUGGAUAAGCCCCUGCACUGGCCCCUGACAUUGGACAGCAACAUCUGAGCCCCAACCAGUGUGGGCCUUCCCAGGCGGGCCUGUUCCUACCCCUGCCCAUCUCCCCUUUAUCAGCUGGGAGGUGAUGGUCUGAAGCUGGCAUGCUUCAGUCCCACCUGAGGAGGACAGUCCAAUGGGGCCAGUUCUGCAGGGCCAAUGGUCAAAAGAUCUGGACUGUUGGUUCCCAGGGUCCUCACCAGUUCUGGGCACCAUAUCCUGACUUACCUCUGUCCCCUUAAUUCCCUGAGCUGUGGAUCCUCGGGUGAUGAUUUUGUCAUACUUUCUUUUCUCAAUAAAUUGCAGUGUAUUCACA